AUGGCUACAGCACAGGAGGCAAGACUGCUCUCUCGCCAGAAUAAACUGUCCAAUACGGCUGGAAUUGCCCCGGGAUACCUCCAAGCCAAUCUCCUGGUGCUGCCAGCAACCUAUGCCACCGACUUUCAUGACCUGUGUCUUCGGAAUCCGGUGCCUUGUCCACUCCUGGGCAUGAGUGCAAACCCCGGAGACACAGCGACCAUGCGCCCGCCCUGUAUACGAUCGGCGGAUUUCGACAUCCGAACCGACUUUCCCAAAUACCGAGUGUACGCGGGCGGACACUUCAUUGAGAGCAGACAGGAUCUGCUGGAUGUGUGGACCGACGAUCAUGUGGCGUUCUUGAUAGGCUGUUCGUUCUCCUUUGAGGAUGCGUUGACGGCAGCGGGCCUGCCCCCCCGGCAUCAGAAAACGGGGACACUCGUUGCCAUGUAUCGGUCUAACAUCCCCUUGUUACCGGCGGGGAUCUUCACGGGGGGUAAUUGUAUUGUCUCGAUGCGACCAUGUCACCCAGAAGAUAUUGAGAGGGUGCGCAAUAUUACGCGGGAAUAUCGUCUGACGCACGGGGAGCCUGUCGCUUGGGGAUGGGAGGGCGCCAAACAAUUGGGCAUCGGGGAUGUCACCAAGCCGGAUUUCGGGGAACCUCAAGAGUUCCUGGAAGGCGAAGUGCCGGUGUUUUGGGCCUGUGGGGUGACACCCCAGAUGGCCGUCGAAGCAGCCGGGGAGAAGAUCGAGGGCUUGGUAUUUGCCCACGAGCCAGGACAUAUGCUAGUGACGGAUUGGACGGCCGAGGAGCUACAGGGAGCGAAAUGA